AUGUCAGAUGUCAAUGACACCACCUUCACACAUGCCGUGUUCCUGCUCACCGGGAUACCCGGGCAGGAAGCCAUGUAUCUCUGGAUUGCUGUCCUCUUCUGCACAUUGUAUGUUAUUUCAAUAGUAGGAAAUUCAGUCAUUCUGUUCAUUAUAAAAACAGAUUCAGUCCUCCACGAGCCCAUGUACAUUUUCCUCUCCAUGCUGGCUGUCAUAGAUCUUUGUUUGUCUAUAGCCACCGGACCAACAAUACUGGGCAUGUUUAUCUUUAACUCUAGGGAGAUCAGCCUUGAUACCUGUUUUGCCCAGCAGUUCUUCAUCCACUUCCUUCAUAAUGUUGAAUCCUCUGUGUUCCUCUUGAUGGCCUUUGACCGCUUUGUUGCCAUCAGUAACCCGCUCAGAUACACAUCCAUCUUAUCACCAUCUAAAAUAAGCAAGAUGGGGCUGGUGUGUGUGCUAAGAGGAUUGAUUGUAAUGCUGCCACUCACCAUUCUCCUGAAACGGUACCGAUACUGUCGAGCCAAUGUCCUCUCCCACUCCUACUGCCUGCACCAGGAAGUCAUGAAGAUGGCUUGUUCAGACAUCAGUGUCAACGUUAUCUAUGGCCUGUUUACUAAAAUCUUCACAAUGGGGUUGGACUCACUGCUCAUCUUCAUGUCCUAUGUGAUGAUCCUCAAAACAGUCCUGAGCAUCGCGUCCCGCACGGAGACCCUCAGGGCCCUGAAUACCUGCGUCUCCCACCUCUGUGCCGUCCUGCUCUUCUACAUACCAGAUUUUAGUUUGAGUGUGAUAUACAGAUUUGGGAAGAGCUCUUCUCUGUUGCUUCCACUGGUCUUGGGUUUCAUCUCCCUACUGGUCCCACCCCUGAUGAACCCAAUCGUGUACAGCGUGAAGUGCAAACAGCUUCGUGCGCGGAUCAUCAGGGUGUUCAUCAAGUGA